CCUCGUUUAUGCGCAUCACCUUCACACAUACAAAUACGCUUUUUAUCAUCCCUUCUCCAUUACUCGUCUCCCCCUUUCCGUUCUUUCUUUCUGAUUUUUCUACGAGCACUUCUCUGUUUCUAUCUCUGUUCCUCUCCAUAUUCGUGUUUUUUUUUUUUUUUUUUUUGGUUCUUUCAUUCUCAGAUCCAUAUCUUGAUAUCCACGCAGCUAUGGAUCUAGCCCCUGAACAGCUCCAAUACCUCACAAUCCCAGAAAUUCUCAGAGAAGCAAUCUCCAUCCCCAAGCAGUCCCCUAAGACUUUCUACCUUAUCACCCUGAUCCUCAUCUUCCCUCUCUCCUUCGCAAUCCUAGCUCACUCCCUCUUCACCCACCCGCUCUUAGUUCAGAUCCAGAACUACUCACAAACCGACCCGUCCCAGACCCGCCACGAAUGGACCCUCCUCCUCCUCUUCCAGUUCUUCUACAUCAUCUUCCUUUUCGCCUUCUCCCUCCUCUCCACCGCCGCUGUCGUCUUUACAGUUGCCUCCCUAUACACCUCCAAGCCCGUCUCUUUCUCCUCCACAAUGUCAGCCAUUCCCAAGGUCUUCAAGCGCCUGUUUGUAACAUUUUUGUGGGUCUCUCUUUUGAUGAUGGCCUACAAUUUUGUGUUCGUUGCUUUCUUGGUGUUAUUGAUCAUAGCUAUUGAUACCCAGAACGUCCUUUUGCUGUUUCUGUCUGUGGUGGUCAUCUUCUUGCUCUUUAUUGUUGCUCAUGUCUAUAUCACAGCAUUGUGGCAUUUGGCCAGCGUGGUUUCGGUGCUGGAGACGGUACACGGGUUCGCUGCGAUGAAGAAUAGCUACGAAUUGCUGAAGGGGAAGACCUUUUACGCUAGCGUGCUCGUUUUCGUAUAUUUGGUGAUUUGCUUGGUUAUUGAGGGCGUAUUCAGCUCGGUGGUGGUGCACGGAGGGUACAAGUAUGGGGUUUUUGUGAGGAUUGUGGUGGGUGGAUUCUUGGUGGGGAUGUUGGUGAUUGUGAAUUUAGUGGGGUUGUUGGUGCAGAGCGUCUUUUACUAUGUUUGCAAGAGCUAUCAUCAUCAGGGGAUUGAUAAGACCGCUUUGCAUGACCAUCUGGGUGGCUAUCUCGGGGAGUAUGUGCCUCUGAAAAGCAGCAUUCAGAUGGAGAAUUUGGAAAUUUGAGCACAGGGUGCAAGCUGACAGAGACGAAUUUAUGUGUAAGUUUAUGAGGUAGAAGAAAUGAUGUGUACCUUUUUUCUUUUGUUUUUUUUUUUUUUUUUUUUUUUUUGUCCUUUAGAUUUUGUUGUUACAUUGAAAGUGUAAAAAUGGGGGAAAAACCUGUCGAUAUGGAGCAAAUUUACUGUUUAA